GUACACACGCACACAGAGCUCAACUCAUGUCCCGUUGCUGCACUGGUGUGGCACCGCCCCGUCACCGCCGGACGCUCCGCGGCGGCGUCGCCGUCCUCGCCGUCGCUCUCGUGCUCUUCUUCGUCCCCACCGCGGCCUUCGCGCAGAGCGCCGCCGCCGCUGCGUCGUCCAGCUACAGUGAGUACUACUUCGACGGCACCAACUACUACUACAGCCUCUUCCACAACAACCUCUCGAGAAACACGUUCCCGGAUGGCGGGAGUGGGGUAGGCCGCUACGGCGCCGUCGGCUUCGGCGGCGCCUUUGAUGACUCUGGCGUUGUCUUCUCUGACAUGACCCGCGGCUCCCGUGUACGCAAGAUCACGAACACCGGUCAGCUCUACACCCUCACCGGCAGCAGCAGUGCGACCGGCUGCAUCGACGGCGCGCCGUCCGUGACGCUCUUCGGUGGGGCACUCUCCACCAUCUACGUCAACGCCAUCAUCGCCGCCAGCGGGGGGUACUACAUCGCCGACUCGCAGUGCAGCUCGCUGCGCUUCAUCAACAGCACGACGCUCGUGACGACGAACAUUCGCACCUUCAUGGCGUCGCAGACGAGUCGGCCCGCCGCGCUGGCCAAGACGCCCUACGGGGACACGGAGCAGUCAAACAUCUACAUCACCGAUCCUGCGAACAACAACAUCCGCUUUCUCACCCUCGACACGCCCAUCACCAUCAUUGACGGUUCGAUUCAGAGUGGCGACAACAUCUUCCAGCCGAUCGGGAUUGCCCUCCUGCCGAGCAUCCGUCGCAUCGUCGCGACAAACCUCGGCAAGGACUUCAUUUACCUCGACUACACCACGUUAACAAACUCGGGAUCGGCGGAGUGGUUCAAGCUGAGCAGCAACACCACCUCCUCCCCGCUGGUGACCAGCUGGGAUGGCCAGCACGUGCUGUACAUGUCGGGUAACGAUAUCAUGAGCAUGCCAGUGAACACGCCCGAGGCCAUCGCCGGCAGAGCCGUUCCAACGGUCGUCUUCACCUUCACUCCGUACCCCGCACCGCGCACCGCUACGGACGAUCCGGAGACGAUGCUGAUCUUUGCCCCCCGUUCGGCGGACAGCUUUUACAUCUUGAGCACGGAGCGCUACGUCAUUGCCUCCGCGACGCCCAUUCCUCCUACGCCUUCUUCCUCCUCUUCGUCCUCGCACCAUGGCAGUUCCUCGCAUCAUGGCAGCUCCUCGCAUCAUAGCGGUUCCAGCGCCAGCGGUUCCUCGCACCAUGGCAGUUCCUCGCAUCAUGGCAGCUCCUCGCAUCAUAGCGGUUCCAGCGCCAGCGGUUCCUCGCACCAUGGCAGUUCCUCGCAUCAUGGCAGCUCCUCGCAUCAUAGCGGUUCCAGCGCCAGCGGUUCCUCGCACCAUGGCAGCUCCUCGCACCAUGGCAGUUCCUCGCACCAUGGCAGUUCCUCGCACCAUGGCAGUUCCUCGCACCAUGGCGGUUCCAGUAGCAGUGGAAUCCCCACCCCGACACCGGUUUCACGCGAGUCCUCGUGCGACGACAUCUGCAAAGGUGCCAUUGCAUCAUCGGCGGUGAUGGGGUGCGCGGGGGUGGUGCUGAUCGUGUUGAUGAUCGUUGCACCCGCAAACCUCUUCACGGCGAUCGUCAUGGUGCCGAUCAUUUAA